AUGUUGUUCUCUCGUCGCAGUCUACUGGUCCCUUCACUCGUUUCCUUAUUUCUGACAGGAAACGUGGCUGCCGAUGACGCGAGAAUAAGAGCCCGACAGGGUCUUGAGAUUCUUCAGGGCUGGUAUAACACCACAAGUGGAAUUUGGAAUACGUGUGGCUGGUGGGACGGUGCAAGCUGCAUGAAUACAAUUGCGGACUUAGCUGCGCUUGAUCCAUCGGUGAUGGAUACGGCGACAUAUGUCUUUAAUAACACAUUCCACGUGGGGCCCGUGUCCAAUCCGAACCCCGGAGUCGAGAAGAAAACUGUUUUUACACGCGACAACCAACUAUCAACUUCCGUCAAUGCGACCCAGUGGCUUGAUCAAGCCUACGAUGAUGAUGCGUGGUGGGCCCUUGCAUGGAUUGCCGCAUACGAUGUCACCAAGGAGGGGACAUACCUGGAAUUGGCCGAGGGAAUAUUUGAGAGCUUGGCGGACGCGUGGGGCACCAACUGUGGCGGUGGCGGUCUUCCUUGGAGCCCGACAAGUACAUACGUUAACGCGAUUACGAACGAAUUGUUCCUUUCUGUCGCAGCACACCUUGCAAACCGUGUCCCGGACAGAAAAUCAUACUAUGUCCGCUGGGCUCAGAAGGAAUGGGACUGGUUCACGUCUCAGGCCUUCAUUGGUCAAAACGGCACCAUCAAUGAUGGCCUUUUGGACAAUUGCCAGAAUAACGGAGCUACCGUAUGGUCGUACAACCAGGGGGUUGUCCUCGGUGGAUUGGUUGAAUUGAACAGGGCGGCACCCAAUGACACAUACCUACCCUUGGCCAACAAGAUUGCAAAAGCAGCCAUUGACACAUUAACCGACUCCAUAAAUGUUAUCCACGAAUUCUGCGAGCCACAGUGCCUGCCAGAUGGUACCCAAUUUAAGGGAAUUUUCAUUCGCAACCUACGGAUGUUGCAGAAAGCAUCUCCUCAUGAUGAUUACCAGAGGGUGAUAAGCAGCUGUGCGACCAGCAUCUGGAAUAAUGAUCGCAAUGCAAAGGGACAGUUCGGCGUCAACUGGGCUGGCCCUAUCCAAGCAGUGGUGGAUGCUUCGACGCACAGCUCGGCCCUUGAUGCAUUGGUCGCGGCUGUUGCUGCAUUGGGUACCUAG